UGUGUGUGUUUUUCUCGGAGGAAAAUUCGUCGUAAAAGCGGUAGUGUUUCGAAAGACAAUCCCCGCGGUAGUGUUCACGCCGGUCGCGCGCAAAGUGCCGUUCAGCCAGUUUCGUUCCGGGACACCCGAAGCGUGCCCCGUCGGAAAGCCGUCAAAAUAAAGCCCCAGGCAGAGCAGGACCAGCAGCAGCAGGCGGAAGAGCGGACGGAAAGAGAAAGUGUGUCGUCCUCGUCGGACACAUCGUCAUCGUCUACUUCCGCCGUUGCGCUGCACCCGCUGCCGGACGCGGACAUUUCCGAGCAGCAACAACUGGAAUUGCACCUGCAGCAAGGUUGUUCGUCAGCAGGUGCCCUGCCGUCUCUAGAGCAACAACAGCAACAGCAACAACAAGUAGGUCUGCUUCUAGCGGUUGUAGAAAACGACGACGUAGUUUCUUGCGGGGAGCGGGGAACUGACUCAGCCGCAGAACGGUCCCCACCGAUCGAGGAGGCAGCGGCAGCGGAAGUAAACGCGACCACUUUCGACGGUAAACCGGACGCGUCCGGCGGUGGUAAUUACUGCAAUAGCAGCAGCAGCUGCAGCGGCGGCAGUGUCAACGACAGCACCAGACAAGGAUCGCGAUCAUCUCCCGCGAAAGAUACAAUGCCGGUAAAGGUAGACAUUGUGCCGCCUCCGCCGAACAAUUCCAAGCAGCUGGGCGUUACCAAGUCGCUGCUCUACAAUGGAUCCAAGUUUAGAGGGUUCCAGAAGUCGAAGGGAAAUUCGUACGAGGUGGAAGUGGUGCUGCAGCAUGUAGACGAAGCAAAUUCCUACCUGUGCGGAUAUCUGAAAAUCACCGGCUUGACGUUCGAGUUCCCAACGCUGACCACCUUCUUCGAUGGGGAGAUAAUUUCCAAGAAGUAUCCCUUUCUCACGCGCAAAUGGGAUGCCGACGAGGACGUUGAUCGGAAGCAUUUUGGAAAAUUUGCCGCCUUUGUUGACUAUCAGAAAAAUUUCAAUUCGGACGACUUCGACUACGAUGCCCUGCAGAAAAGUGACUACGUUUUUAUGAGAUGGAAAGAGCACUUUUUGGUACCUGAUCACAAGAUAACGGACAUAAAUGGGGCUUCGUUUGCCGGGUUCUACUAUAUCUGCUUUCAAAAGUCGCAGGCGGUGAUGGAAGGCUACUACUAUCACCGAUCCUCCGAAUGGUACCAAUCGCUUACGCUGGAGCACGUGCCGGAAUCAUGCAUCCAGAUCUACGAAUUUAGAUAAAUCUAAAAAACUAAUCCUCAGUAACCAGUGUAGGCUAGAGAGCAUUAGCCGGCGCGCCGGCCGUGUGCACCGCAGCAGACUCGAAAAACGAAAAAAAAAACAACAGCAACAUGCGUUCCCUUUUUUCCCCUGCCCCCACCCGCUUCGGUAGAGACAGUCACCGAUACCGGAACUUAAAUUUAUUUGUUUUUAACACCUAUAACGAUGUUAUCUAAGCUAAUACUUUUUCGACAUUGCGAGAUAACAAUUUAUUAUUUAGUAAGCAAAACAAAUCAGCUUAGACAGAGUAGGCCGAGAACCGAAUCGAGUACCCGAAUCAGAACAACAACGGUAACAACGAUAUUAUAAAUUGAACGUCUAAAAAGAAAACUUAAAAAUCAUUUCAAAUGAUUCUGUGCCAUCUUCCCACGCUUGGUGACAGACACAGACUUACUAGCUACACACAAACACACACACACACAUUUACCUAACCGUAGAAAGUGACACAAAUCCAACUGACCGCUACCAGAUGGUAGUCGAUUGUUAUUUUUCCUCUGUUUAAGGUCGAUUCGAUAAACCCAUAUACAGCAACAAUCAAUAGUUUAUUGUUACGAACCAAGCUUUUGGUCGUCAGAAUCAAAUAAAAUGCAAACAAACCGAAAGUUUUACAGCAAAUAGCACAGAAUGAAAUCUGUCACAUUCAAACUGCAAUAGAAUGAGGAGAGUUAAUUAACGCAUUAUCUGAACGAUUUCGACACACACACACAAUCGACAUACGCAACACACAGAACAGCAACAAUUAUAUUAUCCACAAAAUUAAGCAAAAAAAAAAGAAAACACGUUGAACAUUAGUGGUUAGGACAGUUAAGUAAUGCAAAUAUUUUCUAUUUUCAUGAUAAAGUAACAAGUAACAAAACAAGUAAUAACAAAAAAAAAAAAAUAGGAAACAAAAAACGAAGAAAACGUUAGCAAUGGGUUGAGUUUCAGAAGCCUACCUUCCCCGGCGCCCGGGCCGCCGGUCACUACUUACCCAGCGUAGAGGUACGCUUAAUGUUCGUUUUUGAAUCUAUUAUUUAAAAAAACCUUCAACGUGAAAAAUGCCAUUUUUUUAUCUUACGGAAUAUUUAAUAGAAGGACGCGGAGGGUUCAAAAUUUAAUUUUAGGAUUUGUUUACAAACAGACAUCCGAUUGUGAUCAGCAAAAAGCUCCCGAAAAAUUAUACGAAUAGCACCGCCUACUACUUAUUUUCAAACCCUUCAUCCCAGUUGUCAAAAUUACAAAAAAAAAAACGCAAUAGAAGUGGGCUACAACCGUUGCAUUAGGGGGAAGAAACCUCACUCAUUCAUUUCGUUUUUGUUUGUGCGCUAAAUAUUUGUAUACAAUGGAAUGUUUCUGGCCAGCUCAGAGAGCCCGCUGGCGUCAGUUUUUGCGCGGCAUUAUUAUGAUAUUAGUAGGCAAUAGUACUAAACCGUACCGUACGUACUGCAUAUAGUUGUACUUUUCCAUCUUUAGCAAGUUUGGGUCCGAAACUCGUAAUUACUUGACAUUUGAAGAAAUACAUAUUAUAUGGAUAAAUAUAUAUAUAUAUUUUCAAUAAAAA